CUUUUUUUUCUACGAACCUGCCCCCAUUCAUGAAGUCUGAUACUACUGCUGCUGAUCCAAGAGCGUCAAUAGAAUAUAGACCAACAGAUGAUACCUAUAUGAACAAACCGGAUACAAAGGAUGACUUAUCCACCGUCUAUGACAAGCCAAACGAAUAUGACGUUGAUGAGCAUAAACAAACUUUGCCGCAAGAGGUCUUGGACGAUUUGAUUGUUCGACCACAAUUCAUUAAUGGGAAAAGGCCCGAUAUCAAAACAAAUGAUGAAGAUGAAGAAAGUGGCCCUCAAAGUCAACAAUCCCACCAUAGCAAAAUACCAUUGCUACUGCUAGCACAAAGGCCAGCAACAGCAAUCACCGGGGUAACAAUACAUUCUAUGGAUGAUAUCAACCCAAGUACAUCCGACGAUGAUGAUAGCAGUCAUACCAAGGAAGAUAAUGCAUCGAUCAAAGGACCUACAAGCAUAGAUAUCACUGCAGCUUCUACUAAAACGCCCACUGGCCAUAUUACUAGCAAAAUGGCACUGUUACAAAUACUAAAAAAGGAACCGAUGGAAGAACUGCUCAACUAUGACUUACGUAAAGCCUCCUUGACCCGACCUUUUGAUCAUGACAUUUAUUUCCAUAAAUCAAACGUAUUGGCUUUCAAAAAAUUGCAGCCUCAUUCUUAUUCUUGGGGCUUUCAAAAUAUAUUAUACAGAACAUGUCUGGAAAGUAACCACAACCAGCUGGAUGAUAAAUCUAUUAAAAUAGCAGAAGCAAGACGAAGGGCAUUCCAAAAGGAAAUCACAAUCGAGUGGGGAGAUUUUCCUACACCAGCCACAUGUAAUGCGUCUGCAACUGAUUUACAUCGAGAAACAAGCGAUCCUAUCGUUGCUACUGAUAGUGCUAGCAACAAGACCAAUUCAACAUCGACACUGACAAAAUCAAGUCAGUUAGAAAACCGUACGAAAUCACACCUACACUUCGUCUAUGACAUGGAAUUUGAGGGAUAUUGUAUACGUUGGAAGAGAGUAAGCUUGCUUUCGCAUGAUUUGAUCUGCGAACUUAGACCAAAAGACGAGAAUAGUUUAUCAAACUCAGAUAAUGGCCAGUAUGGUACGAAUCGUACUGGUAAAAAGAAAUGGCGAUUGAUAGCCAAGUUUGAUAGCCACCGAUUGGGAUACCUUGUAUUUCUAGGAACUUUGUCCAUCAACAAACAUGUACUGAAAUUGGUUGAAAGGCCAGACCAUCUAGAAGCACAUAUUAUGAUUACAUGUUGUACACUAAUAGAUAACUACAUUGAGAUGUACAGCCAGUUAUGCUAUUUCAGAUGGUUCCAAGUUAGGUAAUUACUAUUAAGGAAGCACAUGCCUUCAAAUGUCAGAUCCUAUUUUAUUUUAUUUUUAUUAUGGGUUUGUUCAUGUAUAAGAAAACUUGCAUUAUGUCGAACUUCACUUCCCCUCCCCCCCCCGACUUUUGGGUGUAAUUAUUCUAUAUGUAAUUAAAAAGACGUACUUGCUUUGUAUGGAUACAUGGUUCAAAAGGACAGGCGGACAUCAGUUUCGUCCCUUGAAAAUUUCCAGAGUAACAGUUGUACACGGACAUGGUAUACAUCUUGUCCUUAGUGCAGAAGCGAA